AUGGAUCCAACCUCAGAACCCCAACUGAUAGAUGACGACGACGACGGCACCAUGGCCACCCACUCGAUCCUCAUAACCCACUCCGGAAAAUCCCACACCUUCACCUUGCCAACCCACUCCACCCUCUCCGACCUCCGUCUCCAAAUCCAACAAACCUUCUCCAUCUCGCCAGAAUACCAAAAACUCACCGCCCCAAAACUCGGUCUUCUAAAAGACGACUCCCUCCCAAUAACCACCCUCCCCCAGCCCCCCAAAAAGAUCCUAUUAAUCGGUUCCUCAAACGCCGCAAUCCAAGAUAUAAAAUUAGCAAACUCCCCCUCCGCCUCAACCCUCCGAAAAUUCGGCGGCACGGGACCCAUCAAACCCGCAAAACCUGUCCAUCGUCGGGUGGAUUUCACCACAUCCUCCAAUGAGAGUAAAUACACCUUCGGUCCCAUCAGGGUCCUAACCCACCUUCCAAACCCUCAAAGAUCAGAAACCUAUCUUCGAAAAUUAGCGGCAGAUCCGGGGAUAAAAGCUGUUAUGAUUAAACAUAAAUUCUCGGUGGGGAUGUUAUCGGAAAUGGAUCCGGCGGAACAUACGACGCAUGAGAGUAGGACGUUAGGGUUGAAUAGGAAUGCGGGCGAGGAGAUAUUGUUGAGGUUGAGGACUGAUAGGUAUGAUGGGUAUAGGGAUUAUAAAACGGUUAGGAAGACUUUAUGUCAUGAGUUGGCGCAUAAUGUUCAUGGGGACCAUGAUAGGGAUUUUUGGGAGUUGUAUAAGGUUAUUUUGAAGGGGGUUGAGGAGGCGGAUUGGAGGCAUGGUGGGAGGACGUUGGAGGGUGGUGGGGACGGUGGUAGGAUCUUGUGGGAGGGGGAGGAGAGGGAGAGGUUGUUGGUUGAGGAGGCGGAUGGCGGUGGGUGGACCGGAGGCAGUUUUGUGUUAGGAGGAGCAGGAAGUGGGGGUGCAGUUGAUGUGGAGGACAGGAGGACUAUGGCGGCCAGAGCUGCUGAGGAGAGGGCAAAGAAGAUGAAGGAUAGCAGUAGUGGGACUGCUUGA